GAUCUGCACCGCGUCAAAAGGUAGAAGGAGCGUGCAGCGACUUUACCAUCGAGCAUCCACUCCAUGCCAACUGCGCAGCAGCUUCCUCAUUUCUUUCUUUUCAACUCCUUUUCGUAUGUUUAAAAUCUCAGCCACCAUUUUCUAUUUUGAUUUUGAUACGCUUUAUAUUUCUUUUCAUUUCUCAUCGUCAUCUAUCCCCAAUCACAAUGUUUCUAACAGAGACUUCCAUUUUCCCUUCCUUCUUCGAUCCGUUUAACAAUACGAAGAACAAGAAAGAUGCAGCCCAUAUGAAAUUCGACCUGUUCUCUCACUCCUUCGACGAAUCCCUUCUUCGUCGUCUCAAAACUUUAACCAAUUCCUCCUCCUCAUCUCCACCGUCCGUUGCAAUAAAUCUCUCCUGGCUUUGCUCAGCCCUUGAUUUUCUCUCCUCCACACAUGACGAAGCCAUAAAUCUACUUUCUUCUCUCAAGCUCGAUAAUUCUUUGGAUAUUUACCUGGAUAACAGUGCCAAGCUCCUCGAUCUCUGCAACUCGAUCAGCUCAGAGAUCGAACGCUUCCGCCAUCGCCGACUUGUCCUCAGUUUUGCACUUCACGUUCUUAACGACGGCAGUGAAGAUCAAGAGAAGCUGACAAGAGCUAGGGUUUCAUUAUCUGAUUGGGUAAAUAAUUACAAAGGACCCAUAUUUGAUAGCAACAACAAUUUGGAGAAUUUAGCAAGGGAUUUGGCAUUGAGGCUUAAGGAGGUUCCACGUGGAAAGAUCUCAGCCGAUGAAAGGCUUGUUCGCCGUACGAUCCACGCCGUUGGGUUAGUAACGGUGUUCGUUGCUGGAGUUGUGAUCACGGCGUUACGUGGAUCCACGGGCUUAGUUGUUGCCGUUAGAGCGCCGCCCGAGUUUUUGUGGGCCGACUCGUUCAAUUUUCUCAACACAAUGAUUUCAAAUAGGCCAGACAAAAAGAGGUAUCUACUCAACGAGCUUGAUGAGAUGGAGGCGCGUAUUAAGGAAGUGAGUGGCGUCAUGGUCGACGGUAGCGGAGAGAACGGGGAAAGGUCAAGCAGUGCCGUUAAGGAGCUGGAGAUGGUGACGGAGAGGUUGGGAGAGGGAUUGGAUAGGUUGGGUAACGGCGUGAAUGAAAUAUUCAAUUCGGUUUUGAGUACUAGAAGGGGGAUGCUGGAGAAAAUGAGUGGGUCCACCACAAGAGAAACGAAGCGAUGCUAAAAAGGUUACAAGCAACCUAUACACUAAGCGUGUACUGGAUAAUGUGUCUCUGGUGUUUCUAAAAUAGUUUAAAAUACAAUAAAAGUUUUUUUUUAUA